AUGGCUGCAGCUGUAAAGCUGAAGAUCAAGCAGCAGAUUGCCAAGACAUAUGCCUCAGAUCCAGAGAAGAACGAGUGCAAGCACUGUGUGGACUUCUUUGCUGCCCAGCCCGCCUUUGCAGAUGCACUGAAGAAUGAAGUGCAACGCCUUCGACAGCUGCAGCCCAUGCAUCCCACACUGCAGCGGGUGCCUGAGGCAAAUGCACCUGCCUUCCCAACACCGGAAAGCCCCUGGACAGGCUUUCUUGCAGUGUGGCAACUGGGGCUGGAGGCAAUCAAGGGCCGUUCCAAAAUGGUUGCAAUUUUGGAAAUUGCCUUCAGCAUUCUCGACUCCUUCUAUGUUGACCAGCGCAGCCCGCUGAAUAUUCAGUUUGGCCUGCCCGGGUCAGCUGUGGCCGACCUCAGUGUCAUGCACAUUGUGGGCCUGGGUCGCAGCCUGGCCAUGAAGGUUAUCUGGCAAGCAGUUCUGGACCUGAAACUUACAGAUGCUGAGAUGAUAGCCAUCGCCCAUGUUCUCGCCAGCAUCUCUGUGGUGACCUGUGUUUGGGAGGCUGCCCAGACAGACACAGAUGUCCGUUUCCUUGCCUUGCGGGCGAAAUUUCAGGUGUCUGAAAGUAUGCGUCCAGAUGUCUGCCAGUUGUACAGAACCUUCAUGGAUGCAUUGACCAAGCAGAAUGUCUCUGACAUCAGUGCAGGGCUGAAGCGUCUCAUCGACACUUUCAAUUCCCAGGCAUCCGUUGCAGGACACCGCGUUUCUGAGUUGGAGAAGCAGGUCUUGCUUAGCCUACCACGGCAAAGCCCUGGGUUUGUGACUGACCUGGAAACACAUUGGAAUAAUUUCCGCACAGCGGAGAGUGGAGUGACCAUGAAAUUCUUUUCCAUGGAAGUCUUCUCCCUCAAUGUUCCUGCAGAUGUUUCCGGCAUCUGGGCGAAGAUCCUGGAGCCGUCUCCAGAAAAAGCCUAUGUGUGCCUGCGUUACCUCAUCAGUGUGUUCUUGCGCAACAACAAGCAGCAACGCCAGACUGCCAAGAAAAGUUCCAAGAUACAGGCCAGCAAGCUGCGGGUGCAGGAUCCAAUUCUUGCAUGGAAGACCUGUUGCCUGUGGACACACUUCGCUGACAGUGUGAAGAAGCGUGUGGCAGACAACGACUUCGUCAACUUGGAGCGCUUGUUCCUGACAGGCUGCUUGGACAAAGAGAUGCAAGAAAAGUGCAAGCUCCUUGAUGAAGGCAUCUGCCUGGACAAUUUCCGCUUCUUGCAAGUGUACACAGGUGUGGAGGUUGCCCCAGAGCAACUUCAAGACAAGGAGAUGGUGGCAGAGGAACAGCAAGAGAAGGCCUCGCUCAACUUGUUCUCUGUCAAGCUGGAGAGGGAGGUCAAGCAGUGGGAGAGAUACCAAACAUCUCUCCAGGAGUUCCAUGCAGUUCAGAAAGCUGCAAAGGUGGAGUUCCUUCGCACCCAGGAGACAAAGCUGAAGGACUGCGUCACUGCCUUCACACAGAAGACCUUCCCAACCAAAGCCUUGACAGGGGAGGACGCUGUGAUCCCAUAUGUCCGGAACUGCAGCCAAGAUUGGGCAGACUCACUGGGCAAGUCCAAUGAUGACAUCUAUUACAUCUACUUGGUAGACUUCGCAUCCCUCGGUAAUGCUUCUUCACGCUACCUCGCCCGUGCAUGCCGCAUUAUUGGGGAUGCCCUGGCAGCUGGUGCGGAGAGGAGUGUUGCAGUGGUGGUGGCGCCGAAUGUAGCCUCCUUCGGAAACACCUAUGAGGACUCGUUUGUGGAGAAGGCCCAGGAUGAUGUGGAGACGCAAUUGCGGACAGACAUCUACAAGAUGCAUGUGAAGAGAUGUCAGCUUUGCUUCGCCCCAGAGGCCUUCGGAUCUUCGAAGCGAAGCCUUGUGCACCCCAUGUGGAUCUGUGUAGCGGACACCACAGAUGCCAAUGGAGAACUCUUGAGCCGCUUCACGAAGAGCUCCCUGUGGCAUCACCGCGCCUGUGUGGGCAUCAGAUCCAAAACAGUGGGCGAAUUCGUGAAUCCGCUGCAGACUGUCUCCGUCCAGCUGAACACUGUCAAUCUCAGCAAAGCCCAGCAGUACAAACAACACAUCUCCGGCCAAGACCUUUGGCUGAAGGUCAAGGAAGCUGUUUGGAAGGGGCUCGAUGCAGGCCCUGGGGCUCUUGCCGCCUAUGUCAACCUGUUCCCGUAUGACCACGGGCUCCUUCAAGCAUGCCUGCAGACUGCAAUGGAGCCUGCAGGUCGUCAUCCACAUGAGAUGGUCAUCAGCGGUGUGUGGGCAUAUGCAGAUGAUCCCAGCCAUCGAGUAAAGAUGGCAGAGUGGCUGAAGAGGGCUGGUGACAAUCAGGUGGAGAAGUAUGUGAAGGAGAAGCUGCUGAAGCUCCCGAAUGUGGUCCUCAAAGACUAUAGUCAAGAGGGGGUAGCUCCAACAUACGACACCCGUGAAUAUGUGCUGACUGCUCCAGUUGAAGGGAAGCACCUGGCAUUCCGCCAAUCGGUUCUCGACGAGUACGAUUCAAAGUUCAGCAAGCUCCACCAGGAGUACGAAGACUUGAAGGCCAAGCACAAUGAUAAGCACAAUCCAUCUGGGACUCCAUACAAAGGCACAGGCAAGCGCACAGAGCCAGACAGCAAGAGUGAAGUUCAGGGCGACCCUUUCCCCGAUGAGGAUUGCGUUGAGAGCCUGGAGAAAGUGAAGGAGGCGGAUGGCCAUGUGACAGUCAUCCAGUCCCAUGAGCCUGCCCUCUUUGAGCUCGUUUUCUCGGCCAAGAAUGUGAUGUAUCUUCAUGCGAAAAGCGAUGGCGUGUUGAGCACUGAAGUUCCGCUGAUGGACUUGCAUGGUGAGUUCUUGACUGGCAAGGAUGCUGCCAAGAAGGAUACAAUGUCCUACAAGGUUGCAGGUGGGGAUACCGCUGCCUGCUUCUCCCACCCAGGAGGGCCGAAAUGGGAGCCUGGCUUCACCAGAGGUCCUUCGACCCUCAAGAAGUUCCUGGACUAUCUCCAAGAUCAUACCAUUGUCAGUGUGAACAUGCCGUGCAAUGAAAUUUCAGUUGGGUCAGAUGGCGCUGUCAAAGUCACCGAGAAGGAGGCCUGCUCCUACCUGCCUAAGAGGGUUCCCACAAGGACCCAGGCAGACCACUCCAAUGCUGGCAGCUUGUUGGAUUUCAAGGAGAUUUCAUGGACCACUGGUGAGCACAGCAGGAAGAUCAUCAAGCUUUACAUGCAUUUCUCGUGGACUCCGAAUGCCUCCCAGGGCGAUUCCUUGACUCCAGCAAAGCCACGAUUCUUGCUGACAAAGGCAAGGCGCUUGCAAGCAGGCCGUUGCUACAAGCUCAGCUAG